UCCUCCAGAGUAUGGACAGUAGGAGUUAUGCACACCGUAUGGAGUACAUUGUUGUUGAUCCCUUGGAGGGGCCGGCACUCCCCAUAAAAUUGCUCACCAUCCCUCCGAGACUAAAUGGACGUGUUCAUCGAAGAAUCGCACCUGCCGAGUAGGAUCUUCCGCUCUUUCCAACCACAAUAUAGAUCUGGAUGAUCUGAUAGUAUCGGUGAAAGCUACGACUAUCGCCGCCUUUCUGUUCCUCGUCUACUGGCAUACCAUCCUUGGUACUGUUGAGAGAAACCCCAAGCGGUACCGCUCAUAGACGAUAAAGGAAAGUGUAUCACCGCCAUGGGGAGUUUACUCAAUCUUGCUAUCCUUACCAUCUUGGUGGCGACGUUCUACGGCCCUGUAUACCGGCAGCUGACUGUGUUGGGAGUGCUCCGGAAAGCCACAGACGAGGUAAGAUUGGCAGAGCAACAGGCCUUCCACAGAAUUGAAGACACGAUGCAAUGUGAAGAUCUACAUUAUUACAUGCCUUCCCAUAAGAUCUUCACUGCCUGUGAAGACUCUGUGCUGCCCCGAUUCAAGUGGUUUCCUCCCUUAGGGAAUUUCGAAGGGCCGGUGGAUUCGACUGGGUCCAUCCAUGUCAUUGAUCCCAGGACCAUGAAAUCGACACGUCUAGCCUUUGAAAACUUCGCUGGCCCCUUAAUCACGCAUGGGAUAGAAGUCCUGGAAGACCCGGACAGUCCCGAUGCCGUCUAUAUCUUUGCUGUGAACCAUUUGCCAAACUUGGCGUAUUACCAUGCUGGUCUACAUUCCCAGGAAAUUCCGAAGGCGCGCUCGCAGGUUGAGCUCUUUCAUCAUGUUCUUGAAACUAACACGGUCCGGCAUGUGCGCUCCAUCAGGCAUUCACUGAUCGCUACCCCAAAUGACAUUAUUGCUGAGAGUCCUCUCUCCUUUUAUGUUACUAAUGACCACUUCUACCGUGAGGGCUUCAAGCGUCAAAUCGAAGAUCUUUUUCCUGCAGCCAAGUGGUCUAACAUCGUGCAUAUUCAACUGGACAGCCUUGAAUCAGAGCAGGCAGAAACCGGCGUUGAUGCUAAAGUGGCGUUGACUGGAUUACAAAACAACAACGGUCUUGGACAUGGCCAAUCGGAGGGGGAACUACUCAUCUCUAAUGCCAUCGGCGGGAUAAUGUAUCGUGGCCGGACGAAUCCUGAAACCCACAAUAUCUCUAUCGUGGACGAGGUUCAUUUCGAUAGUUCUAUCGACAACCCGAGCUAUUAUGCGGACCCAUACCGGACUUCCUCUGAUGACGCCAGUGGCUACGUGCUCGCAGGGCUACUACGAACCAUCGACGUAGCUAAGAAUCAUGCCGAUCCAAAUGGUAAGGACGGUGCUAUGGUGUGGUAUACACGUCCCAAGGCCACAAAGGAAGAAGGGGGUCCUGUAGAAUGGGAGACUCGCUUGAUAUUUGAAGAUGACGGAACGAACAUUAGGUCGAGUAGCACAGCAUUGUUAGUCCCCAUUGAGCCGAAGCCCCAAGAGAAGAAGAAAGCGUGGCUGUUCGUAACCGGCUUUGUCUCAGAAAGUGUUAUUGCUGUUGAAGUCUUGCUAUAAUGCUCCAAGGGCGAGUGCCCUGUGGUGACGGGAUACGGGGAAUGUCCACUAAAUUAAACCAUAUGGAUUUCAGAGCCGAGGCGACACGA